GUGUGUGUGUGUGUGACUGUGAGAGAGAGAGAGAGACACCUGCCGGGUCCGAGCAGCGCUUCGAAUUGCGAAGAGAACCCGGAACCACCCAACGGAGCAACUGCUAGCUGGGAACAUGAUGGGGAAGAUGCUGGACCUCUCAGGCCUGACGGAGGAGGAAGUGGAGCAUGUGCUGGAGGUGGUGAGGAGAGACAUGAGGCUGCGCAGAAAGGAGGAGGAACGGCUCAGUGAGAUGAGGCAGGAGCUCGAGGAGGAGGACACGCGCUGCCUGCUGCUGUCCAAGCAGGAGCUCUUCAACAAGCGCUGCUGCAUGCGCUGCUGCUCGCCCUUCUCCUUCCUCCUGAACCGCAAGCGACCGUGCGCCGACUGCGGCUACAACGUGUGCCGCAGAUGCCGGAGCUUCCACAAGAAGGAGCGCGUCUGGCUCUGCACCGCCUGCACGAAGAGCAGACUCCUGAGGACGCGAGCUCUGGAGUGGUACUACAGUGUGCUGAAAAGGCGGUACCGACGCUUUGGGAGCACCAAGGUGCUGAAGUCGCUCUACAGGAAGUACAUCACUGACCAGGGCAUCCUGGCAGAGCUCGCAGAGGGCAGUGUGUAUGACGACAGUAUCUACAAUGAAGGGAGCGGCACCGAGUCGCCGUUCCGGAGGAACAGCGAAGAUCACAGCAUGGCUGAGACGCUCAACGUUGCUCUCCAGGUGGCCGAGGAGGCGGUAGAGGAGGCCAUCGCCAGGACCGAGGAACACUGUGACAACUUGGAGAAGCAGGACGAAGUGCGUUACUUGCAGGACAACAAGGAUGAGCUGAUCGAGGAACUCGCCACAUCGAUCGUGCAGAAGAUUGUCCGCCGUAGGAGGAAGCUGUCGCAGAUGCAGCCCCAGUACGAGAUGGAUCUGCCCCAGCAGUGCGGUGAGGGCACCUCCUCCCCUUCCACCCUGUCUCGACAGAACACCAUCCCCUCCCAGGCGAGCCUGAAGGGCGCCAACUCGCUCUGGCGGUCCCGCUCAGCGUUCUCCUUGACCAGUGAGGCGGCCCCAGAUGAACACGUUCCCGAACCGAGGUCUGACAGUUCGGUGGAGGUGCGGGCGGCAGUGAAGGGCUACGCCUCACUGAGGAGGGACACCGUGGCGUCCCUGGCCAGCUGGAAGAGCGUUGACAGGCUGGACAACUCCAUGCUCCAGAGCCCGGAUGGGAAUUGGAUCGCUCUCCAGAGCACCCAACUGUCCCGGCCCAGUCUGCUAACCAAACGCAAGAGCCUUGUGUUCAGCGCGCUGGAGCAGGAGUCUGGCUCCAUCUCCGCCUACCAUGACAUGGGCUCCGACACGGAGCCGGAGGCCGAUAGCGGCUGGGGCGCCGCCCUGCUGGAGUUCCGGAGGAAGAUGUCCCAUCGGGAGUCAGAGUGGACAGACAUUCGCGGGCCUUCCACUGGCCCGCCUUCUCCACAGCUGCCCCCGGAAUUGGGAAUGCCGGGUACGCCUGACACUCCGGGUACGCCGGGCAGCCCCGCUAGGUCCCAGGUUCAGCUGCUGUCCUCCUUGAGGAGGAUGGGGCGCCGGCAGUCAAUCCCGCGCUGCUCUCACGGCCUGGAUAUCAACCUGAACCCCGAUUUCGCCGGUUCCGCAUCGGUGGACAGCAGCGAAGUGGAGGAUGGAAAGGGCGAGCGGGUCGGGAGGUCCCGCAGGCGCAGAACAAAGCACGAACGUUUGGAGCAGGCCGGGAGUCCCUGUAUGCAGUACUCGUCAUCCGUCCCGGAUUACAGCAACUUAUUGCUGAACGUCAUAGUGAAAAACUUUAAGCUGGAAGGCCCACCUCCCUCGAGCAGUCCAGGCCACCCCAUGACCCCUGACACCGUGACCUCCAGCGCCGCGGCACCUGAUGUAAGAAACGUUGACUUCGCGGCCCACCGAGCAAAAGACGUGGGGCCCGUCGGCCUCCUCGAGAUGGAGCUGCACUCUGAACUGCGCGAGCUGUCGGACCAACCCGCGGAGGAGCCAGGGGCGAGAGGAGCAGAACGAGAGAAGAUGCGCAAUGACACCAGCAAGGAGGGACAAAGAUCAGAGGCGCAAGAGAGACAAGUGGUGACUGGGUGCAGUAUGGAGUCAGUGAAGGCAGGUCAGGUGGGUGGGGAGGAGAACGUGAACAUAGAGGUAAAAGGACCCAAAGAAAGAGAGGAUCUGGAACAUAUUGGAGCAGAACCAGCCAUGGAUGGGAAGAUAAUAGAUGAGGAGAGACAAGCCCAUGCAGAGGCAGAAGGUAAACUAAAGGAUCAGGCCAAAAGACUUUCGGUGCAACACGAUGGUGGACAAGUUGAAGUGCAGAAGGGAAAUCCAGAGAAGUCAGAUGGAGGGAGACGUAUAAAGGUGGAGACAGAGAAAGCUGAGGAGAGUGACGAAGUGAUAGAGGUUCUCAUAGCGGGUGAGGGUCUCCAGGAGGUGGAUGGGGAGAUAGAAGUUGGCGAGGAGGUAGGAAUUCUUGCAGAGAUGAACGUUGAGGAUGGCCUUGAGGCAGUCUUAGACGAUCCAGGACAAGCUGAAACGACAAAUGAAAAAGUAGGGGAGUUAGGCAGCGAGAAAGGACCUCAAGUCGACCCGGAAGAACACGGGGAGUCGGAAAAAGGGAAACCUGGUGAGGCAGAGAUAGAAGUCAAGGAGAAAAGCGGUGAGAGAGAAGCGGAGAGCGCAGAAAAGGUGGAGACUUUGAACAAAGUGGAGGAGACCGGUGAAGAAAAGACAGAAGUAGGAGGAAAUGAACCAGUUGGUUUGGAGACAUUGCAGCAGAAAGUCGAGAUGAUUGAGGGGGGAGACACCGAAGCUGUGGAGACCUCCAUGGAGGGGAUUCCAUCAACUGUGGAGACCAUAUUGGCAGAAGACGUGCGCAGAAAUACUAACCAAUCCAUUUUAAUCGCUAAAAAAAAUCUGUCUACCCUGUGUGACCCCCCACCCCCCCACCCCCCCUUUCUUCCACGCGCGGGUCUGGAGCAGAAGCACUCGGCCGCUUCGCUGAGCAGCAUCACCGCCGAGGUGCUGAAGGUGCUCAACGCUACGGAGGACCUGAUCGAGGAGGCGGGAGGCGGCGGGCGGGACCAGGCAGCACCCAGCAGCGGCGAGACGCCCCCAUCGGACCAACAGAGCGCCAAGAAGCUGGAUGAACACCUCACCAAGCUGGAGGAGAAUGUGUACCUUGCUGCCGGUACCGUGUUCAAGCUGGAGGGGGAGCUGGUGGAACUCGAGGAGUGCGCCCGCAGUAUCAGCAGCAUCACCACGGAGGAGGAGCUCGCGCACCUGGAGGAACAGGUGGCCAGUGCUGCCGCGCAGGUGCAGCAGUCGGAUCUCCAGGUGUCCGGUAUUGCGGCGAGAAUCUCGGCUCUGAAGUCUGCCGGGCUGAACGUGGCCCCGAGCGCCGCGCCGCAAAAGACACAGGCACAGGCACAGACACAGACACAGACCCAGACGCAGACCAUAGCUGUGUCGCGCCAGCAGAGGAGAAAACUGCCACAUCCUCCCUCCCGGAAAGGGAGCGACCACAAGUCGGGGCCGAAGUCCAGGGCGCUGAGAUCCUAGAGCCGUGCCUUUACCCAGCAUGCCCCUCGCUCUCUGCUGCGGCCUGCUGCGCCGGAGGCACGGAGCUCUUCUGCCUUAACCGGAGCCUCAAACCCUGCACACGUACACGCCAAGCGUGUCCCUUCCAACGUCACAUAACGUCCUGUAGGAAAUAGUGCAUGGCUCAUAAUAGAGAUUUAUCGCUAAUUUUCAUUCUCUUCUCUCUCAUCUGAUUUUAAGGAAAUGAUCCUUACGCUUGAAACUGGACUGGACUGUUCUUGGCGGGAUCGUGUAAAAACGAUAUUCACACAUUUAUUGGAGAAUUCGUUAGAAAACUGCUGUUUCCAGCAUCUUUGGGUUUUUUUUGUGGAAAUGAGGUUUCUGUUGAUUUAAAUAAAAUAUCCCUAUGAAAACAUGCGCAAAGGUUUAUCGCCUUCAGAAGGACUCGGUACAGGUUCAGUUCGUUCGCAGAAAUCGGGUUGCCAGGUGCGUCGUUGUAAAACAAACUUUUAACUGCCAUUCAUUUAAAUGGAGAGAAAAUGUGCUCCUGAACCAUAAAACAGAGGAAAAGUCAUUUAAAAAAGUAUAGAACAUUAGAAGAUGAAGAUUAGGGCGACACGGUGGCACAGCAAUCAGUGCUGCUGUCUCACAACACCUGGGUAGUUCGAUCCCCGCU